GUUUACCCCGGAAAUGACUUUUCUUCAACAGGAAAUGACUUAGUAGGCGCGCCCCGAGCGGAAGUCAGCAGCUGCAGAAGCAGCACUCAUCAUCUCAAAACACUCAAAACACUCGACUUGGCUGACAAAAGAGCCGUGAUGGCCAGCGAGCACAGCCGCACGGAUCAGAUGAACGAUCCCGAGAAGGUGAAGAGCCUGAAACGUUUGUCUUCUUACGGCACCCUGGGGGACACCUGCCCUACGUGUCGCGGCACGGGACGCAUUCCAAGAGGCCACCAAGACCAGCUGGUGGCUGUCAUCCCUUGCAACGACAAGAGACUCAAGCCCAGACGAACGAAGUUGUACGUGUGCGUGUCCAUGGCGCUGUGUCUCUUCCUCUGCUGCCUCAUCCUCUUCUUCCUCUUCCCUCGGAGUGUCAGCCUGUCGCCCGUGUCCGUGCUGUCCGUGGUGGUCUACUUCACGCCGGGCGCCGUGCAAAUGGAGGUCACGAAUCUCAUCAACGUGGUCAAUGAGAACUUUGUGCCGGUCCAAAUCGUGGAGUUGGACGUCCAAGGUCUGGUGUCCCACGUGGUCAUGGGCAAGACCAAGCUGUCCAACAUGUCCGCCAUCUCGUCCCGCUCACAGAAAUCGUACACCUACCGACUUGACCUGCCCAUCACCGACCAGGGCCUGAGCACCUUCUGCCAGUCCAGCGAGAUCAACAUCCACACCUUGUUCCUGGAGCUGCAGAUGACCAUGAACAUCUCCUACCUGUCCCACACCGAGCAGCUGUCCGUGGACACCUUCGAGUACAUCGACUGCGGCACCAACUCCACCACCCCGCACCCGGUCAGGUGAUCAUCUUCCCACCUGCUGGAAGUGAUGGAGCUAGAAGCACCUUGGCAACACGCUCAGGUAGAAACAUGAGGGAAGACAACACAAGUUGCACUUUAUUGUGAGGCUGAGGGAAAGAUGCUAAUGCUAAUGCUACAUGUCCACUCACAUAUUCUGGAUUCAAUGACUUUGUGCACAUUAAUGUAUGUUUCAUGUUCUUCACAUUGUUGUUGUUGUUGUUGUUGUUUACCAGCGCGGACAAAUAGAUGCACUAUGGAAGCAAGCAUUUUCAAUAUUCUUUUUUCAAUCAAUGAAUACGAUCACUUGAAUCACGUUAGGAGAGAGUUGGUCAACAGCAGGAAGGGCAAGUUCAUCACUUUCCAUUCUUUAUAAUUACAGUCAAAUACUUUUGUUAUCAAAUAUUUUUUUAUAUAUUUUUUUGAAAUGAUUGUUCUUUAAUAAUUAAAGGAAAGCAUUCUGGGAUUUA